AUGCACGGAUCAAGGCACGGAAGAACAAAUCAUGGCCGUCAGACCGUCGGACACCAUCAUGAUGCUAGUCGUCGAGGACCAAAAAGUCCCGGCGAAGCGAUUGGAUAUGAGAUGGAUGUAAUAGUCCAGCCUCCUGCGAGAGCUCGCGUUGGAGCUCUACUUCAACCUGCAGUGACAGUGCGCCUUCGCCCUACCCCAAACAGAGGCAUAGAAGCCGCCGACAUUACUGAGGCAAGCCAGCUUCUCGUUAUGGUCUCGUUGAUGAAGGACGAGUAUCCGGUCUCAUCUGAGCGUUUGCAGCAUCUGUUCUUCGGACGGAGAGUUGACUCAAUCCGACCAUUCAGCGGCGGUGACGAGAGUGCACAGAACAGAGACUACGGCUUGGGAUACGCCUCGUUCUCUGAUCUCAUCAUCAACGAGGAGGGAACGUACCGCCUUCGACUCACGCUCAUCAAGAUGCAUGGGGGCCUAGGGCAACCUGGGAUGAGUAAUGGAGGAACUGCGGUCGGCAUGGUCGAUAGCAACACUAUAAAGGUCAGGGCUUCACCUUGA